AUGCCGCGCACCCAAACAGAAGAACUCUCCGAGUUCGAAAAGCAGCGACUCGCGAACAUAGCCGAGCGCGACGCCCUCCUCAAAAAGCUCACCCUUGAAGCCCAAUCAUCCGGUCUCUUCACGAAACCGUCGCCGGCCAGACCGGGCGCCAAAGAUGGUGCAUCACGGCCUAAGAAAAAACCAACCCCGCGUGUCAAAAAGGAGGAAGUUGAGGCGCCGAUUGUGCGUCGCAUGUCGUCCCGUCUGCGAGGCGUCACGGCAGAUAGCGAGGUUGCGAAGCGCAAGGCAGAUGAAGCAUUUGAGGAAUCACAAAAGUUGGAACGAGAGAAGAGGAUGCGCAAGUCUGAUUUCUUCACGCUGGAUAAUAUGCUAGUGGCCGGUCAGAAGUUGAGUGGUGAUGCGCUCAUCGGAAUAGAUAUGGUUACGAAGGGUGUCGCAAAGCCCUAUGAGCGGACAUUCGGCGAGGAGGAUGUCAAGAAGACAACAGAUAAGGAAUUAAAAGCUCUCAGGGAGGAAAUGAGUAACCUGCAAUUGUGGGAUCAGUGGGAACCGCAAAGUCUCAAGAUUACUCCCGAACGAAUUUAUACCAUGACAUUCCACCCCUCUGAAACCAAACCUCUAAUCUUUGCUGGAGACAAGAUGGGCCAUUUGGGCGUGAUCGACGCAUCACAGAAACGGCCCGAGGUUGGCGAUGACGACGAGGAAGAAAACGAUGACGAUCCAGCAAUCACAAUGCUGAAGCCGCAUACUCGUACUAUCAGUUCAAUGGUUAUUCAGCCCCAAAAGUCAACCCAUCUCUACACAACAAGCUACGAUAGCUCUAUCCGAGAAAUGGACCUGGAAAAAAUGACCUCUGAUGAGAAAUACGCCCCAGAAUCUAGAUCUACCGACAAACCAAUAUCAGGCAUUGAUAUGGCUUCUGAUAAUCCUAAUUGUCUUUACUGGACCACAUUAAGCGGCUCAUUUAACCAAUAUGACCUUCGUGAGUCGAAGAAGACCGCAUCCAUUACAGAAUGGCAAUUAUCUGAGAAGAAGAUUGGCGGGUUUUCUCUAUUUCCGUCUAAUCCAUACUUUUUUGCGACGGCGAGUCUUGACCGCACGAUGCGACUGUGGGAUCUCCGAAAACUAUCACAUGAAACCCCGGAAGCUAUUGGAGAACAUGAAAGUCGUCUGUCAGUUUCACACGCCGCAUUUAACACUCAAGGCCAAGUUGCUACUUCAUCUUACGAUGACUCCAUCAAAAUAUAUGAUUUCGGCAUUAAGGGCAUCUCAUCGUGGGGACCGGGCCACCAGCUAGACGAAAAGGCGAUGAAACCCGACACCGUUGUGAGACAUAACUGCCAAACAGGACGCUGGGUUACAAUCCUGCGGCCGCAAUGGCAGCAAAACCCUCAAUCGCCAAUUCAGCGCUUCUGUAUCGGCAAUAUGAAUCGGUUCGUCGAUAUAUACUCUUCUAGUGGUGACCAAUUGGCUCAAUUGGGUGGUGAUGGAAUCACCGCUGUUCCGGCAGUCGCUGUCUUUCAUAGGAGUAAGAAUUGGGUUGCUGGUGGAACAGCAAGUGGAAAGCUUUGUCUGUGGGUGUAA